GAGAGGAAAUUCUUCUUCUUUCUUCUUCUUUUCUUCUUCUUCAAUGGCGACAACCGCACUCUCAUCCAUAGCUUCGGCUGCUUCUGCUUCUUCGCCUCUGAAUCGAGAGCUGAACCUCCCAAAGUCGCCUUUUUUACACGGGGCCAAGCUUGUCGUGACUCCUCCAUCGCUCUCUCAGCUGAAAAGCAGGAGAGGAAGCGGGAAGUGCUGCGUCAAGGCUUCGCUCGACCAUAUUCCGAAGCAAUUCAAACAGGAGAACUUGAAAGAAGGAUUGGCUGAAAAUUUCAAGAAUGUGCCCCAGUAUCUUUAUGGCCUCACGCCAUCCCAGAUGGAUAUGUUCAUGACGGAAGAUAAUCCUGCUCGUCGACAGUCAGAGAAAGUUACAGAGGAAAGUAUCUCUUCAGCAAGAAAUUAUUUGGAUAAUGGAGGCAUGUGGAGCCUCUCCGGAGCUCAUGACAAGAGUCCCUCUAAAUACAGUAUGAGUGUAAGCAUGUACCGAGGAGGCGCAAGAGGAUACGGAAGACCUAGAACUGCUCCUCCUGAUUUGCCAUCAUUGCUCUUAGAUGCUCGUAUAUGCUACUUGGGAAUGCCUAUUGUCCCAGCCGUGACCGAGCUCUUAGUUGCUCAGUUUAUGUGGCUGGAUUAUGAUAAUCCUUCGAAGCCUAUAUACCUAUACAUUAAUUCACCAGGCACACAGAAUGAGAAGAUGGAGACUGUUGGAUCCGAAACCGAAGCAUAUGCUAUAGCUGACACGAUGGCUUACUGCAAAUCAGAUGUUUAUACAGUGAACUGUGGAAUGGCUUAUGGUCAAGCGGCAAUGUUGUUAUCACUUGGAACCAAGGGUUAUCGUGCUCUCCAGCCAAAUUCCUCGACAAAACUAUAUUUGCCAAAAGUGAAUAGAUCCAGCGGAGCUGUCAUAGAUAUGUGGAUUAAGGCUAAAGAACUCGAUGCAAACACUGAGUACUAUAUUGAGCUACUAGCAAAAGGGAUAGGUAAACCCAAGGAAGAAAUUGAAAAGGAUAUCCAGCGACCUAAAUAUUUCCGAGCACAAGAAGCCAUAGAGUAUGGAAUCGGUGACAAGAUCAUUGACUCGAGGGACGCCGCCUUUGAGAAGAGGAAUUAUGAUGAAAUGCUUGCUCAGUCGAAAGCUAUGAGAAGAGGAGCUGGCGUUGGUCCACAAGCUGCUCCCUCUGGAUUUAGGUGAUCAUUGAGCAGUGUACUCCCCUCAUAUGUACAAAGCUAGAACUUUGAAAGCUACUUUGCGCUUGAUCUACAUAGACUGGUCUUUAAGGUGCUAGUAACGCAUUGCUCUGACAGAAGGCGGCCAAUGGUUGGUCUGAGCUCUUCGAGUGGAAUGGUUAUCGCUUUUUGAAUUGCAAGUUCGAAACCUGAUAUUUUGCUUCUGAAUGUUCGUAUUAAAUAGUCUGGCUUUUGUCGUAUAUAGCAUACCUUAGCCUAGCUCUAUCAGAUGUACUCACUCAUGUAUAAUGAUGUCAUGUUAUGUAACUCGAAGAGAUU